UCGGAGGCCUGUGGAGAAAAGGGAAGUGCGGAUGGCAGAUGGCUGCCGAAAGGCUGCAAGGAGCUAGAGCAUAAGAGGCUCCAGGAAAUCAUGGGAGAGUUGGCAACGCUAUUCUGCACUGCUCUGCAAUAGCUUGGGACAAGCAACAAACCAGGAAGCUUGGAGGGGCAAAGAGAGGCUUGGGAGUGAAGCUAUGCAAAGGGGAGUCAGUGCUUGAGCCAAGUAUAAGAAAGGCACAGGACCUGUGAUGAGAGAGGUCCCGGUGUCUACUAUCGCCUGGCAUCCUUCUGCGCAGAAGGCAACUGUCCCGCCCACCUGUAUGCUGGGGAAGAAGGAAAUGGAAGAAGCAUUGGAGAAAGGGUCUACAGGAAAUGCAUUCCUCUCCCCACCGACCCAGCACAUGGCUGAGAGCACAUCAGAACUGUGACCAGUCCAGAGUCAGUGGGACAGUCUGAUAAGAUUGUGCAUGUGGUUAGAGAGUCUCUGGACAAACCCCUAGGACAUUACAUUGCUUCUAGGCAGAGAUGAAGAAUCAACAAGAAAUGCCAGGAAGGUCCAGUCUUGUGUUUUCUGGUUUCUGUUAGCACUUUCCUUGGAGGACUCCGGGAUGUGGAAUGAGAAUCCCUAGACCCAGGGCCAGCACUAGAUUGCUAUCUGCUUCAGCAUCAUCUCCUGCACCGCAAUAGGAAAUGAACCAUUUAAGAAUGACAGCCCUCUAAGAAGGAUACUUCGGGGGAUGCAUCAGUUCAAUUGGGGAGGUGAAAAAAAAAAAGCAAGAAAUGGACGUCUAGUCUGGUAGUUGCCUAACUCUUCGGUUGGCGGUGAACCAUCACCAAGUCCACAUAAGGGUCAGUGGAUGAAACCCUCAGCAACUUGUUCAGCAUUUUUCGUGCCUGUGAAGACUCUCUGCUGGGAGGAUGAGUAGCAGCACGUGUGAUUAUUGCUGGAUAAACAUUGGCAUCUCAGGUGUGACCUCUAUCUUCUAUGUUCUUCUCCUACUAGUGCUUUACAUCAAGCUCAGCAGGAAAAUAGACAAUCAUUCCUGUAGCAAUCAGGUGAGCAGCAGCAACCCUUCUACAAAACCAGAACAACCCAACACUUGCCAGGCAGCAAAUGAGGUUUUGAAAAGGCCACGCAUCCGGGGUGACAGUGGCACUUCCUCAGACAGCUCCGAGAGCUCAGACAGCAGCCCUUCCACUAGGCAGUGUCCUCGGUCAGAAGAAGGAGUCGAUUACACAUCCCUGAUCUUCCAAGCUACCGGUCGCAGUGCAAGCACUGCAGGGGACUAUGAGAACAUGAAGGUGGGAGCAGACUAUGUCAACGUGGAUCCCCAAAAACGGAAGGUGGAUUUCUGGACCUGCUCGAGCCCUGUAUCUUCCAACCCCGGAGAAUAUACUGAAGUGAAAUUGUGAUUAUUGAGAUGCUAUUAACUAAGUUUUCCUUAGGAACAUCAGAAUUGCCACAGCAGGUCAAAUCAGUGAUCCAUCCUUAGUCAGUUCCUGUAUCUUGUCUCUGCACAUUUCACAUGGGUCACUGUCUACCUGUUCAUAUAGGUAUGUUCCU